AUGAAACCGCUCCCGCAUGUAGACCCACAUGGUUGGCAGAAUGUGGAGAUAGAAAAGCCGCUUGACUUCUGGAUCCGAAGCCUGUCCUUCGACAAGCCGUCGCUGCUGCGGGACCACAUGAACUCCAUGGGCUGGCCAGAUCGAGUGCUGGCGAGGCACUGGGAGUUCGGCUUCAGCUCGCAGGAGCUGAUGAACAUCUUCGUCUCGCUUCCCGGGCACUGCACGCGAUCGAGAUCCUCGUGGCGGACCUGGGAGCAGAGCCUCGGGACGGUCAAGCAGCAUCUGCAUCCGUCUACGGGGAAGCGAGCGCACGUGUACAUAUCGGAUACUCUGUGCAAGAUCGUCGGACUGCACGCGGAGGAGGUACUGGCGAGGAUCGCGAACAGGGAGCUGUCACUGGUCACGACGGAGUUUGAGUACUUCUGCUACGUGAUGUUCGGGACGUGGUUGUACGCGACGAGCCCAGGACGGCCCCUGGUUCUCCCAAUGCGUGUGGACAAGGACAGCUUCAUUGCCUCCAAAGAGCCCGCGGGCAGUCCCUCGGCCUUGUUCGAGAAGCACAUGUGCGGGGGAAGAGACUACGAUACAUUGCUGAACGACUUCGACGCGGACAUGUUUGCGGGGGCGACGAUCUUGGGGAUGCAGAAGUCGAAGCAAGGGAUGCAGCUGCUGGAGGCGCUGGGGAGGGAUUUGGAGCAAAUGUUCCAGCCAUUGGUGGAGCAUGCGGAGAAGAUCCUAGAAGAGAAGGCGCGAGAGAGGGCGUGA